CGCCCCCGCGCGCCUGGCCGGCGGGGGGCCGGGCGGGUGGGCGGCCGCCGCGCCGCGCACCCAUGGACGGCCCGGCCAUCAUCACCCAGGUGACCAACCCCAAGGAGGACGAGGGCCGGGCGCGGGGCGCCGGCGAGAAAGCAUCCCAGUGUAACGUCAGCUUAAAGAAGCAGAGGAGCCGCAGCAUCCUCAGCUCCUUCUUCUGCUGCUUCCGCGACUACAAUGUGGAGGCCCCGCCAGCCAGCAGCCCCAGCGUGCUUCCGCCGCUGGUGGAGGAGAACGGCGGGCUGCAGAAGGGUGACCAGAGGCAGGUCAUUCCCAUACCAAGUCCACCAGCUAAAUACCUCCUUCCAGAGGUGACGGUGCUUGACUAUGGAAAGAAGUGUGUGGUCAUUGACUUAGAUGAAACGUUGGUGCACAGCUCAUUCAAGCCUAUUAGUAAUGCUGAUUUUAUUGUUCCGGUCGAAAUCGAUGGAACUAUACAUCAGGUGUACGUGCUGAAGCGGCCACACGUGGACGAGUUCCUCCAGAGGAUGGGGCAGCUCUUCGAGUGUGUGCUCUUCACUGCCAGCCUGGCCAAGUACGCAGACCCGGUCGCCGACCUGCUGGACCGCUGGGGAGUGUUCCGGGCCCGGCUCUUCCGAGAGUCCUGCGUUUUCCAUCGGGGGAACUACGUGAAGGACCUGAGUCGCCUCGGGCGGGAGCUGAGCAAAGUGAUCAUCGUGGACAACUCCCCCGCCUCGUACAUCUUCCACCCCGAGAACGCAGUGCCCGUGCAGUCCUGGUUCGAUGACAUGACCGACACGGAGCUGCUGGACCUCAUCCCCUUCUUCGAGGGCCUGAGCCGGGAGGACAGCGUGUACAGCAUGCUGCACAGACUCUGCGAUAGGUAGCCCCGGCCUCCGCCCGCCUCCCGCCUGCGCCCUGGAGCCUGCGCCCUGGAGCCUGUGCCCUGGGCGCCUGCCCGGCCUCCAGCUCCCCGAGAGCUGAACGUGAGGACACGCCGUGCUCCAGGCCACGGGGUGACUGUGGCCAUACCUACCUGUCUUAUUUUUUAAGAACAGAAACAACUAUUUUAAAAUGAACUCUUUUAAUGAAUUUCAUAAAGGGACAUGCAUUUUACUGGAUUUGCUUUUCUUAAAACAUACCAAAAAGAAAAAAAAUGGGGAAAAAAAAAGCUUGAUAUCUGUCAGACUCCCUUUCAGCUGCCCCCUUCCGAGCAGACAGCCUGCCCCCUCCGCCCCAGCGCGGAGCAGCUGACCCAACUCAGAAUCUCCUUCCUACAGGAUGAAGUGCCUUUCUGAAUGUUAUUUUCAGCUGAGAGUUAAUUUUUCUAUACAAUGUAUUUCCAGACAUCUUUUAGUCUUUUAUUGUCUUAGAUUCUCUAAAAAGAUAAAAUGACAAUUUUCUAGAACCUGGGGGGAGGGGUGGCGAGGUAUGGGGGCGAGGCGCAGGAGCCUGGCCCCCGACAGGUGCGGCAGCCGGGCCAACCUGUGGCGUGCGGCACCGCGCCGAGGGGCCAGGCUCCGGACAGGAGUCCGUGUGGCCCGCCAGUGUCUCCGCUCACUUCUGACCCCGUUCGGGGGCGUGUCUGCGACUGCGUGGCUCCGCACGGCAGGAAACGAUAGGUUGUUGUAUACUAUUUUGAUUUUCAAUGGUAACCAGUUGGUCUCAGAGUCACAGUUUUCCUUUGAAAAGUGGUAUCCUGUCCCUUCCGCUUUCACACUACGGCCAUACUUCUGUGUGUUUUGUUGUUGUUGUGUUGGGUAGAGCAGUUACAAGAAACUGAAACCCUUGGUUUUUUUAAAAACAAAACAAAACUGUGUAUUGAUUUUGCAAUCUCUCCUUUCCGAAAGCUGGAUGCACGUGGAGCUGUUGGGGAAUUUUCUUUGCUGCUACCGCGCUGCCACCAAAUGGAACUGACCAGCGGCUGUUACACUGUUCUUUGCCACUGUGCCUAUGCCCAGAAUCCGCUCACUGCUAAGCUGCACCCUUGGACAGGGUUAGAAACACAGGGGUCGCCCCAGAGGCAGGUCGUACCAACUGUGCCCCUCCCCUAGCUCUGGCCAUGGGAGGUCAGAGGGCACAGGCAAAGGGCCAGCACACCCCACCAGGGUGGCGUUCAUUCUAAACUGCACUCAACCUCAGAGCCUGGGGUAAGCCGACUGUUCUCUCUGGAGAACCUGUGGCCUCAGCCAUCCACCACGCUGACGUGGCCCAAGUCCAUCUCCUGGCCUUCUCUCUUCAAGCACAGCCUGUGUCUGAGCCGGGGGUCGGGGGUGCCUGUCCACAUGUGAGUGGGACUUGUGGUCCCGAGUCAGGGAGAGGAAGGGCUCCUUCCCCGAACCGUGGCUCCCUUUGCAGCCUUUCCCACUGAGGAGUUUUAAGCAGUGCCAUGUUCCUUGUUCGACAGCAAGACAGUCUGUCAAGUAUUGCUCUUAAAAACAAUUAAAAAAGAAACCUUUUGUGCGGGCACCAUCGCCUUAGUCCUCUGUGGGUGCGGCCUCCGCCAGAGCUCUGGUGGGAGCAGCUGGCACUCACAAGGCGGGGAAUGGGGUGUCGAAGUAAAAUUUCUUUUUUGUUUUCCUUCACAAAAUAAUGAAGCCAGUUGCCAAUCACGUCUUCCCAACAGCACUUUGGUCUGUGGACUGACUGCCUUGCGUUCAGAAGUGAGUAUUCAGGGGUGCCCAGGUCUCCCAACGUGCUGCUUGUUCCGAACCCAGUGACCCACGCGCCGAUGGCAGUAGCAUCGGCCCCUGCUCGGCGUGACCACAGAUAACGGCGGGGACGUGGCAGGUCUGCACGCGUGCCAUAAACCUUGAUUUGAGAGACUCGUCAUUAAAUGAACCCGCUGCCUUAAAUGUCCUGAAUGUUGCCGUCCAGCGUCUCGUCGUCUGUUGAAACCCACCCAGAGCUCGGUCCUGAUGAGAGCCUUAGACCCAAGCCUGUGCCCCUUCUUUUGGGGGCAUCGCGAAGUCCUGUUGGGAAUGGGGGGCAGAGAGGACAGAAAUCCUAGAGUAUUUCAGGGGACUAGAACCUAGAAACAGUGCCAGAUGGAGUGGAGACACGGCGGGCCUGAGCCGGACCCUUCGCCCGGGAGCCCCCGACUGCGCACGCGCUGUGGCGCUGUGCGCCUCUCCGGUGAGGAGCUGGUGAGGGCGGAGCCUGCUCCCGCCGCGCGGGCCGCGGGACCCGGAGGCCCUCGGAGGGUUCUGGGUUCUGCGCACCUGGUUGGACCACACUCCAAAACUCCACUUUUAUUUUCAUUCUUCAUUCUGCUUUAUGUACAUAAUCAAAGUAUCUAUAUCUAUAUUUUUAAUCAUCGACAUGUAAAUGAAGCAAUAGAUUUCUAACAUAAAGGCCAAGAAAUGAGAUGAAUGUUUGGGGUUUAUGUUUUUUAAGGUAAAUACGGGUAUUGUUUUUAAUUAUUACCUUUUAUGAAAUCGUGGGCUUUAAAAACCUGAUUGAAACCAAUUAGCUAUCUCUCUGUGCCAUAUACUUCCCAUGUUACCAAAACAUCCCUGACUCUUUAGCCAAAAGAGCAAUCUGACCUCCUGAGUCUCCACGGCCCCUUCUGUGCCAGGUUCACAUGUCGCCUUCUGGACACGUGUUUCUUACACGAGGAUCUGGGAGCGGAUACCGUGGGGCACGGACUGCAUGCCCCGUGAUGCGACGCCAUCUCUGGCGGGGCCUCGAGUGCAGCCCCGGCUCGUCCCAGGUCGCUGCUGCUCGGUCUCCCGUCGCUCCGGAGCCCUGCGCGUCAGUCUGUGGUUUCGCCGUCACUGUUGGUCCACAACUGUUUGUCACGGACAAGGAGCGCCGCCUGUCACGGCUGGUGGUCGGUGGGGAAGCUGCUUCGACGUGGCGCGCCUUCGAGGAGCUGGCUCUGGAGGUGACCGCGGACGCCCUGGCGACCCUGACUUGUCGCGGUCGCAGCUCGCGAACGCGGGGUAUGCAAACGAAAUCUGUAACUCCAUAACCUGGCAACAUUUUCCAACCCCGUAUUCGAAAGAUGGCUUUCUAAUAAAAAUCCAGAACCACACAGCCCUAGGGGCAAACACUCGUGACGUUUGUGCCUCCGCUUUCCAAGGUGCUGUGGUGGGCAGUGGCGUGCCAGGGUCCGAGAAGCGUGGGUGGCUCGAAGUUGCUUGCAGUUGGUUACCUGUGCCAAACGGACUGGCCGCCUCUGUUCUUUUUUUACUGUAACCUGAUGGUGUCUGGUCCUGUUCCGUUCUCCAGGGGGGCUUCUCUACAGACUAACCCCCACGCCCCCGCCCCACCCCCCCAGGGAGUGGAGUAGCUGGUGUCUGGGUGGUCAUGGAUUUCUGUUGGACGUUUGAAUGUGAUGAGCAAUCCAGCAUUACUCGGGAAAUACUACAUGUGGAAUGUGCACGUGUCCAGGGGCGAGCAUUGUUAAGUCAAGAGAUUUGCAAUGAUUUCCUUCCUGCCUGCCAAAAAUAAACAUGUAAAACUGC